AUGUGCAAAUACACCAUCACCACCUAUAAAUGCACACACAAGCACUACGCUCGCCACCCCACCACCGCCAUCUGCCACGAGAAGCCCCACGAGCCCGAAUACAGCAACUCGACGCACGUCAAGGGCGCGAACGACUGCGACGCCUGUGUACUCAUCAAGGGGGAGACAAGGCCUGGGCUCCUGAAGAGGGUGGCGACGAGGAUUAGGGAUAGGGCUGUGCUUAUCAAGGAUGAGUGUGAUGAGUAUGAGAAGGAGUAUAAGUAG